GCGCGUGGGCUCUGCGCAUGCCUCGCCCGCCGGCUACAUCUGCGUUUCCGCCUUUCCUUUUGUUUUUCUCAGGUUUUGCGUGGGAGGCGGUCCCGGGAUUUCAAGGGUCUACGCGCUUUUCUAUGGCGAAUGCAACCCGAUGAGGGAGUGGGGUAGAACAGAAGUCCCAGGGGUCAGUAUCAUUUAAAGAUGUGACUGUGGGCUUCACCCAGGAGGAGUGGCAGCACCUAGACCCUAGUCAGAGGGCUCUGUAUAGAGAUGUGAUGCUGGAGAACUACAGCAACCUUGUCUCAGUGGGUAAGGGUAUUGUGUUCACAAACCAGAGGUGAUCUUCAGGCUGCAACAAGGAGAAGAGCCAUGGAAACUGGAGGAAGAAUUCCCAAGCCAGAGCUUUCCAGAAGUCUGGACAGCUGAUCACCUGAAAGAGAGGAGCCAAGAAAACCAAUCUAAACAUUUGUGGGAAGUUGUAUUCAUCAAUAAUGAAAUGCUGACUAAGGAACAAGGUGAUGUAAUAGGAAUACCAUUUAAUGUGGACGUAAGCUCUUUUCCUUCCAGAAAAAUGUUCUGUCAGUGUGAUUCAUGUGGAGUGAGUUUCAACACUGUUUCAGAAUUGGUUAUCAGUAAGAUAAACUAUUUAGGAAAAAAGUCUGAUGAAUUUAAUGCCUGUGGGAAAUUGUUACUCAAUAUUAAGCAUGAUGAAACUCAUACUCAAGAGAAAAAUGAAGUUUUGAAAAAUAGGAACACACUGAGUCAUCAUGAGGAGACUUUGCAGCAUGAGAAGAUUCAAACUUUAGAGCACAAUUUUGAAUACAGUAUAUGUCAGGAAACCCUCCUUGAAAAGGCAGUAUUCAAUACCCAGAAGAGAGAGAAUGCAGAAGAGAAUAACUGUGAUUAUAAUGAAUUUGGGAGAACUUUGUGUGAUAGUUCAUCCCUCUUGUUCCAUCAGAUACCUCCGUCAAAGGACAAUCACUAUGAAUUUAGUGAUUGUGAGAAGUUCUUAUGUGUGAAGUCCACCCUUUCUAAACAUCAUGAGGUAUCUAUGAAACACUAUGAUUGUGGUGAAAGUGGGAAUAAUUUCAGGAGGAAAUUGUGUCUGUCACACCUUCAGAAAGGUGAUAAAGGAGAGAAACACUUUGAAUGUAAUGAAUAUGGGAAAGCUUUCUGGGAGAAGUCACAUCUCACUCGACAUCAGAGGGUGCACACAGGAGAGAAACCCUUUCAAUGUAAUGAAUGUGAAAAAGCUUUCUGGGAUAAGUCAAACCUCACUAAACAUCAAAGAUCACACACAGGGGAGAAACCUUUUGAAUGCAAUGAAUGUGGGAAAGCCUUUAGCCAUAAGUCAGCCCUCACAUUACACCAGAGAACACAUACAGGGGAGAAACCCUAUCAAUGUAAUGCGUGUGGGAAAACUUUUUGCCAGAAAUCUGACCUCACUAAACAUCAGAGAACACACACAGGGCUGAAACCCUAUGAAUGUUAUGAAUGUGGAAAAUCCUUCCGUGUGACUUCGCACCUUAAAGUACACCAGAGAACUCACACAGGUGAGAAACCUUUUGAAUGUCUUGAGUGUGGGAAAUCCUUUAGUGAAAAGUCAAAUCUUACACAGCAUCAGAGAAUUCACAUAGGAGAUAAAUCUUAUGAAUGUAAUGCAUGUGGGAAAACUUUCUACCACAAGUCAUUACUCACCAGGCAUCAGAUAAUUCAUACAGGGUGGAAACCUUAUGAAUGUUAUGAAUGUGGGAAAACCUUCUGCUUGAAGUCAGACCUCACAGUACAUCAGAGAACACACACAGGGGAGAAACCCUUUGCAUGUCCCGAAUGUGGGAAAUUCUUUAGCCAUAAGUCAACCCUCUCUCAACAUUAUAGAACACACACAGGGGAGAAACCCUAUGAAUGUCAUGAAUGUGGAAAAAUCUUUUACAAUAAAUCGUACCUAACUAAACAUAAUAGAACACAUACAGGGGAGAAACCCUAUGAAUGUAAUGAAUGUGGAAAAACCUUCUACCAGAAGUCACAACUCACUCAGCAUCAGAGAAUUCACAUAGGGGAGAAACCCUAUAAAUGUAAUGAGUGUGGAAAGGCUUUCUGCCAUAAGUCAGCUCUAAUUGUACAUCAGAGAACCCAUACACAAGAAAAGCCCUAUAAAUGUAAUGAAUGUGGAAAAUCUUUCUGUGUAAAGUCAGGACUUAUUUUCCACGAGAGAAAGCACACGGGGGAGAAACCCUAUGAAUGCAAUGAAUGUGGGAAGUUCUUCAGGCACAAAUCAUCACUCACAGUACAUCACAGGGCUCACACAGGAGAGAAAUCUUGUCAAUGUAAUGAAUGUGGAAAAAUCUUUUACCGUAAAUCAGAACUUGCUCAACAUCAGAGAUCACAUACAGGGGAAAAGCCCUAUGAAUGUAACACAUGCAGGAAAACUUUCUCUCAAAAGUCAAAUCUCAUUGUACAUCAGAGAAGACAUAUAGGAGAAAACCUUAUGAAUGAAAUGGAUAUUAGAAAUUUCCAGCCACAAGUCAGCCUCCAUAAUGCCUCAGAGUAUUCACACUGUGGAGAAAGCCCUGAUGACAUCCUGAAUGUUCAAUAACUAUCCACAAACUCGCCUUAUGUUACUCCAAAGUAACAGUAGGGGAUAAACCCAUAGACUACAACAAUUAUAGGACAGCUUUUGUUAGGAAGUGAUAUUCUAUGUAAUAUCAGAUGGUUAAUAAGGGCAUAACACCUUACAGAUUUUUUUGAAUUUGUGAAAGUUUUUGGCAAAAAUGCAAAUAAGAUUAUGUUAGAAUUUACACUGAGGAGAAAAUUAAGAAAUCUAAAGUGAAAAUUUUGCUUAGAAAUAAAAUACGACAAGUUAUGUUUUGAGUUUGAUGCCAUAAUAGUUUUUAGGGCACCUAACAAUAAUUUAUAGAUGUAUAUUGUGGAAUGUAAAGCUUUAAGAACUUAAAAAAAGGUAAUAAUUAAAAUAACCUCACAAGAAGUUUAAUGAGUAGAGAGAAUUCCCAUGUACACUUCACCAAACUUCCUCUAAGGAUAAUGUAUAAUCAUAGUAUAUGGUCAAGUCCAAGAAAUCGAUGUUACCUUGCUGGUAGAUACAGACUUAGUCAGAUUUUACUAUGGUUUGCAUGCACUCUGUGUGUGUGUGUGUGUGUGUGUGUGGUUAUAUCAAACUUUUACCACUUUUACAUUUGAGUAACCAUCAACACGAUUAGUUUACAGAACUGAAAAGGAAUCUGAGAUCUGUACUGUAUCAGGAUUACAAAGGAUUUAGCCUCAAGUAGUUCCCUUUUUGUAUUAAUAACCACACCCUUUCUGCAACCCUAUCCCUUGCAUCCACUUGACUAUGAAGUUUUUUUAAAGCACAGAUAAAUUGAAUAAUCAGGGCAAUAGCAUUAAGCACAUCUGCGAAUUAUCCCUGAAGUUCAAAAGACUUACAUAUGUAUAAGUGGUAUGUGAUAUAAAUUGUGUGUUUCAUAUGCAUAAUGGAAUUUAACGUAAUUGUGAAUAGGAAGUAGGUAUCCUAGUUUAGUAGUGGUUACAUUAUCAGGCCCAUCCCAAAUGUUUGUCAUGUCCUGAAACAAUUUAAAAGGAGACCCACAGAGCUAAUGUUUAUCCAUUUAAAAAGUAUAAAUCAAAAUAACAAAUUAUCUAAAAAAAAUCUAUCCUGUACAUGUGAAGGUCUAGGCUUGCCUCCAUGUUACUCCCUUUCUCUUCCUACCUGUGGCUCAUGCCAUGCCAUGAAUUGCCUAGGGUACAUAUGUGAACAUUCCAGCCUUCAGCAUAAGUGAUAGUCCAAAUUUUCUUUAAGCAGCUGCUCUCCAAGACAGGGCCCUGGAAAGGCCCACACAUACAGCCCAGGGCUGCCCAGGGCUGUUGGACUGUCAUUUCAAGGCUCAUUGUCCCCAGACAGGGAUCUGGGCCCUCAGACUUUUGAGAAUAUGAAGAGGAGGGUUGAGGCUGGAGCAGAACCAGAAUCAAGCUGGUGUGGGGCUUUUAUUGACAGUGUGAAGAUUGUACACUAUAUUACAUGAUCAGAUCAUACAAAUAAUCUAAGAUUAUACAGUCUGGUGAUCCUAGAUUACACAAGUAAUCUAAGCUUCCACUUGAGGAAACUAGAAAAAGAAGAGCAAAUUAAAUCCAAAGUAACCUGAAAAAACAUUAGAGUAAAAAUCAUUGAAAUUGAAAAGAGAAAAUCGAUAAAACCCAAAACUGGUUCCUUGAAAAGGUCAGUAAAAUUGAUAAACCUCUAGCUAGCUUAAGAACAAACAGAAGACAAAUAUUGCUAAUAUCAAAAAUGAAAGAGGCCAUCACAGCUAAUCCUAUGGUCACCAAAAGGAUUAGAAAGAAACAUGGACAACUCUGUCCAUAAAUUUGAUAACUUAGCUAAAAUGGACCAAUUCCUUGCAAGACGCAUUCUCUCAAAGCUCACACAAGAUAGACCUCAAUAGGCAUAUAUAUCUAUUAAAUAAACCAAAGCAGUAAUUAAUAACCUUCCAAGGCCGGGUGCAGUGGUUCACGCCUGUAAUCCCAGCACUUUACUUUGGGAGGCUGAGGUGGGUGGAUCACAAGGUCAGGAGUUCGAGACCAGCCUGGUCAACAUGGUGAAACCCCCUCUCUACUAAAAAUACAAAAAAUUAGCUGGGCAUGGUGGCAUGCAUGUGUAAUCGAAGCUACUCAGGAGGCUGAGGCAGAAGAAUCACUUGAACCUGGGAGGUGGAUGUUGCAGUGAGCCGAGAUUGUGCCACUGUACUGCAGCCUGGGUGACAGAAUGAGACUCCAUCUCAAAAAAUAAUAAUGAAACUUUCCAAAAAAAAGUGCCAGGACCAAAUGGGUUCACUGAUGUGUUUUUGAGAUACUUAAGGUAGAAAUGAUGCCAAGUCUCUACCAUCUCUUUCAGAAAAUAAAAGCAGAGAUAACACUUCCCAACUCAUUUUGUGAGGCCAGUAUUACCCUAAUAGCAAAACCAGGCAAAGAUAUUACAAGAAAGGAAAACUACAGAUCAAUAUUUCCAUUGAACACAGAUGCAGAAAUCCUCAAAAUAUUAGCAAAUCAGGAAUGCAAGGCUUGUUCAACAUUUGAUAUUCAGUGUAAUCCAUUGCAUGCAUUAGCAGCAGCUCAAAGAUGAAAUACGAUCAUAUCAAUAGGUACAGAAAAAGCAUUUGACAAAAUCCAAUAUCCAUUCAUGUUAAAACCUCUCAACACAGAAGGAAUACAGGAGAACUUACUCAAGUUGGUAAAGAACAUACUACAAAAAACCCUACAGCUAACAUCAUCCUUGAUGCUUCCAACUAGACACUUUACUACUAAGAUCAGGAACAUGGCAAGGAACACCACACCACGGCUUUUCAGCAUUGUACUGGAAGUGCUAUCUAAUGCAGUGUUAAAAAAAAAAAAGGAAAUAAAAUGCACAUAGAUUUGAAAGGAUGAAAUACAACUUUGUUCACAAGUAACAUGAUUGUCUUUGUAGAGAAUUCUAAAUAAACAACAAAAACCCUGCUGACAUUAAUAAGCAAUUACAGCAGGAUUGCAGGAUACAGUCCUCAGGUAGAUGAUAAAAAGGAAUUGGACAUCAAGUCAUUAAAAGACGCGGAGAAACCCUAAAUGCUUAUUGUUAAGUGAAAACCAAUCUGAAAAGGCUUUCUAUUUUGUAUGAUUGCAAUUAUAUGACAUUUUGGGAGAGGCAAAACUAUUGAGCCAGUGAAAGGACCAGUGGUUGCUGAGAGUUGAGGGGAAAGGAGGGAUGGCAGGUAGAGAGGUGAUUUUUAGGGCAGUGAAAGUACUCUCUAGGGUACUGUAAUUUGUCAAAACGCAGAGAAUGGAAAACUGAACGGAAAACACAGAGUAAACCCUAAUGUCAACUCUGGACUUCAGUUAAUAAUAACGUAUCACUGUUGGCUCAUUAAUUGUAACAAAUGAACCAUAAUGAUGCAAGAUGUUAAUGAUUGGGGAGCCUGUGGAAGAUGGGAGGGGAAAGGGUUAUAGGAGAAUUCUCUGUACUUUUUGCUCAACUUUUCUGUAACCCUAAAGCUACUCUAAAAAAUGAAGUUUAUCGAGUAAAUAAAUAACCAACCAACCAACCCUGAGGAACAUCUUGUUUCUGUACUAAGGUGUUCUUUUGUUAGUUGCAUGUUUCUGACUGAACAUGUAAAUCAUCAUUAAUGAACAAUUGAAUUGCUUUUGUACGUCCUUAAUGUAUUUUAAAUUAUGGUAACUGUGACCUGAAAUUAAGGACUAGUAUUUUUGGUUCUCUUGACAUCUGAAGCCAAUAGGGCCUCAAAUGACCUAACCUCAUUUCCAUCCCCACUCUGCUUCCACAGGUGAGGUAACUUAGCAGCCAGUCCUCCUUGUCAGGGGGGCCAGGCACAAUUCCUGCUUAUUCCUAAGUAGUAAGAUUUGCUUCCCUGCCAGCUCUUGGAAUUACUCACCAAACCCCUCACAUCCUCCCACAGCAAACAGUGGUCACUGUACUCUGGAUAAUACAACUGCUCGCCACAACCCCUCCUUUUCCACUCUGCUCCCUAGUCGAACCCUGUGUGGCUCUGCCCAGCAUGUGGUGUCCUUCUCACCUUUCUGAGAGUUGGUGUGACUGACAAACUCACCUAGAUCUUAUCUGUCCAGUGUCAGGUGUUCAGUGUUCAACCUUUCUAUAGCAUUGGGGUGGGGAUCCUUCCUUCACCAUCAGGGUGAAAAGCAGUUACAACCAUUGGCAUAAACAGGAUGGCCCAUCCGAAGCCAGGGUCAUCUAGUCCAAUUUUAACUAACUGCUCUUAGCUAACUGUCAGGUUCCAUAUUAUGGCAAAGGCUUCUUGGAGAGAACCACCAGUUGCUGGCAGGUUUGCACUUGGCCUGUGCUGUAAUGCACUUUUCUUGGGGGAGGUGAGUGUCGCAUCUCUUCCCAUUCUAAAAUGCUCUUGUGCACAGGACAAGAGUGCUCACCUAUUGGCUGUAUCCCUUCAUGACUUGACUUGGGCUCAGCCUGUUUGGCAGGUGGUCUCUGAGGCUCCCACCUGUACAGGUAGUGACUACGCUGUACAGCACUUGACAGUCACUGUACAGUGACGAACUGAUCAGCACUUGAGCCCCACUUUCCAAAGGUCUGGCUGGAGCUCUCUGAUUAUCAUCACUGGCUGCAUGGAACAUCCCUACAGACUAUUGUUUGUUACUGCACACCCCUGGCUUGUGCAUGCAGAUGGCCUAUUGUGAGGUUUGUGGAAAGGCAGGAGACAACUGAGGGAGGUGAGUGUGGCACUCCAGUUGCCUAACGAGGCAUUCAGGAAGGGUAGUACCUGCACCCCUUUCCUGUGCUGCUCCUUCACUUGCUGCCACCACACAUGCUUUCCUGACCCCUAAGAGUGUCAAGAUGCACAUGCAUGGUGGCCCAUGGUCCAGGUGCUGAUGAGAAGAGAAAAAGAUACCAGUUCUCCCCAGAUUACCAGAGGAAGUAACUCUCCUGCCCUCCAAAUGCAAAACCCCUUGCCAGUGUGCCUGAGCGUGGCCUGGCAUUGCUGCUUGCCAACAUGCCACAGGGUGAACCUUGCAAUCAUGGGGCCUGAUGGCCUACACCUGGGCCACAGACUACAUGACCUUACCUUGAACAUAGGGAGAGUGACUGUGACAUCCAAUAUGCUUUGAGUGUUUGUGCCCCCUCCAAAAGUCAUGUUGAGGCUAGAUGCAGUGGCUCAACAAAUCCCAGCACUCUGGGAGGCCGAGCACAAAUCCCAGCAUUUUGGUAGGCCAGGGCGGCAGGAUCACUUGAGGUCAGGAGUUCAAGACCAGCCUGGCCAACAUGGUGAAACCCCGUCUCUACUAAAACUACAAAAAUUAGCUGGGCAUGGUCGUGCCUGUAAUCCCAGCUAGUUGGGAGGCUGAAGCAGGAGAAUCGCUUGAACCCAGGAGGCAGAGGUUGCAGUGAGCCAAGUUGGUGCCACUGCACUCCAGCUUGGGCAAGAGAGCAAGACCGUCUCAAAACAAAACAAAACAAAACAAAAAACAAGUCAUGUUGAAACUGAAUCCUCAGUGCAAUAGCUUGCAAAGGUUUGGCCUUUGGGAGGUGGUAAGGUCAUGAGAGCUCUACCUCAUGAACGAUUAGUGAUCUUAGGAGCCAGCUGGAGAGAACACGCUAGACCCCUUUCUGCCCCUCCCCUUUCUGACAUGUGAGGGCCCAGUGUCACUCCCCUCAAGAGGAAACAGCAAGGAGGGGCUGCCUUGGAAGCUGAGACCUGGCCCUCACUGGAUACUCACCUUUCUGGCUCUUUCAUCUUGGACUUCCCUGCCUCCAGAGCUGUGAGAGGUAAAUUUCUAUUGUUUAUAAAUGACCUAGUCUCAGGUGGUUUGUUAUACUCCAUGGUUCACACAAAUGGACGAAGACAAAAUGUCUCUUGGAAAUUUGGCAUUUGGCCAUGCUACACUCUCAUCUCUGCACAUGAGGAAUAUGUUGGGACGCUAUUGAAAAAAAUCAAACUCAACACCUAACGGCAUGGUCCCAAUGCUGCGUAAGACAUUUGUCAGAUUAUUUUCAGGGGAAACUGUGAGACUAUUAUGAGUGCGUGUGUAUGGGCAUGCAGCCUCUGUGUAUGUGAGGUGAGGUUGGGAGAGAGAUUUGUAAUACCCCAGUUAAUAGAAUCAAUCUGAAGGAUUGCUUGAGCCCAGGAGUUCAAGGCUGCAGUGAGCUAUGGUGGUGCCACUGCACUCCAGCCUGGGUGACAGAGUAAGACUCUGUCUCUUUUAAAAAACAAAAGGCUGGGUGCGGUGGCUCACACCUGUAAUCCCAGCAUUCUGGGAGGCCGAGGUGGGCGGAUCACAAGAUCAGGAGAUUGAGAUCAUCCUGGCUAACACGGUGAAACCCUGUCUCUACUAAAAAUACAAAAAGUUAGCUGGGUGUGGUGGCAGGCGCCUGUAGUCCCAGCUGCUUGGGAGACUGAGGCAGGAGAAUGGCAUGAACCCGGGAGGCGGAGCUUGCAGUCAGCUGAGAUCGCGCCACUGCACUCCAGCCUGGACGACAGAGCGAGACUCCAUCUCAAAAAAAAAAAAAAAAAAAUGAGGAAAAGUAUCAUCUGGAUGA